AUGUUCUAUUCCGAGACCCUCCUAUCGAAAACCGGGCCGCUGGCUCGCGUUUGGUUGUCGGCCAAUAUCGAGCGCAAACUCUCGAAGUCGCACAUUCUGCAAUCCGAUAUCGAGAGCAGUGUCAAUGCAAUUGUUGACCAGGGCCAAGCUCCCAUGGCUCUACGACUGAGUGGUCAAUUGCUGCUCGGUGUGGUUCGAAUUUAUAGCCGCAAGGCUCGCUACCUUCUUGACGACUGCAAUGAAGCUCUAAUGAAGAUCAAAAUGGCCUUCCGUCUCACAAACAACAAUGACUUGGCGUCGACUGUCGUCGCCCCAGGGGGAAUCACGCUCCCCGACGUGCUUACUGAAUCUGAUCUCUUCACCAAUCUUGAUACGUCUCUACUUUUCCCUCAAACUCUCGACCUGGAGCCUGCUUCUAAGCUGCCUGGCGGCAUGGAAUUUGGCAGCCAGUUCCUUCCGGACAGCAGCUUCCGCCGCUCUGUCUCUCAGGAACCUGCACGUCUUGAAGACCCCUCCCUUGUUGACCUUGACUUGGGUGAGGAUGAAUUGCCCCUUGGAAACUACUCAGCUAUGGAAGUUGGUCGAGACGCACCUGCCCCUCGUCCCGCGGAGGAGGAUCUGUUCAGUGAUGCCGGAAAAUUCAACGACGGCGAUGAUCUGGAAUUAGAUUUGGGAGAUGACGAUGCCCUCGACAAGAUGGACCUCGCAGAAGAUGGCCAUGACAAUUUGAAUGAUAUCCUUCCCGAUGCUCCUAUGGACUUUGGCAAUGAUGAGGACUUUGCUGGUGGCGAGACCCCCCGCGCCGCUGACAACCGAUUUGAACGUGACUCUGAAAGCCCCCUCUCCGAUGCUGAAUCCGAUCAGAUGAACCAGCUUGAGGAGGAAUUCAAUCGCGAGGUAUCUGCGACCCCGGAUGCCGUUGGCGCCAAGCAGGGACAGCGCGCCAAACGCCAGAAGCUUAUGAAGUUUAUGGAACUCGACAAGGAAAUCGCAAUCUCUAGCUCUACGAUCAGGGAACAGCAGAAUGAUCGUUCUUCGAUCUUGCAGCCCGCCUCUUUCUUGCCCCGCAAUCCCGUUCUGCUCACUCUUAUGACCCGUCAGCAAAAUGGCGACUUUGUGUCUGGCGUGUUUGGCGAGGACCGUGGCCGCGGAUGGGCCCCAGAGCUGCGCGGCAUGCUCUCUUUCGAUUCUAUCAAAAAGGCCGGUGAACUGAAGCGCAAGCGCGACAGUGGCAUUUCUGACAUGGAUGUGGCAGCCGCCGAUGUCCCCGCCCUGGAACUUGGUGACGAGGAAGCCAUUGUCCCGCUUGACGAGGGCAUUGCUCUCGAUACGACUAUCAACAAUCGCUCUGAGAUUGAAUUCCCCGGCGAUGAGGACGAGCACAACCUGCACCUGAGCGAUGACGACGGCAUGCCCCAGCCCAUGGACGAACUGGAUGAUACCAUUGUGCACCCCGUGGAUGCCGAGGCUGUCUCAAUGGGCACGAAGCACGCUGUACACAUCCUCCGCGAGCAGCUUGGAGACUCUGCCACGCAGCAGAAGAAGAGCGUCUUGUUCCAGGAUCUUCUUCCGGAGCAGCGGUCUAGCAAGGCCGAUGCCACCAAGAUGUUCUUCGAAGUUUUGGUGCUGGCUACGAAAGAUGCUGUCCAGGUUGACCAGGGCGCCAAGACCAUUGGUGGUCCCCUCAAGAUCACUGGCAAGCAGGCACUCUGGGGCGCUUGGGCCGAGGAGAACGCGGCCGGCGCCAUGAGCCAGCUUAGCCAGGCUCUGUAG